GGGGGGAGGAGGAGGAGAGGGGGUGAUGGGGGUGGUGAGGAUCCCCGCCAUGAAGGUGCCCAAAUUCGGGGUUCGGGCGGAGGGAUCCGAUGGGGGCGGAACGGCCCCCGUGGGACCCCCCCAAAAGGGUCCCGGAGCGGAAGGAGAAUGGAAGGGGGCGCAGUUCAGGAAGACGGAGACGCCGCACAUCUCUCUGUCCGACGUCAGCGUGAGCCUGAAGGGCUCCCAGCGCGGAGCCGCGGCGCCCAAAGGGCACGGAGACCCCAAAGGGCUCCGGGGGGACACCCCCGUGGGGGCCGUGGGGCUGGAGGGGAAAGGGACGGACGUCGGCGGGGAUGGGAAGGGGCCGCAGUGGGGCGUCGGAGGACACCGAGUGGGAGUGGGCGCUGCCGGAGGGGGGGUCCUGGGGGCCAAAGGGGGCGUCAAAGGGCCCACGUUUGGUGUCGAAGCGCCCCAAGUGGACAUCAGAGGGCCACAAUUUGGUGGUGAAGCGCCCAAAGUGGACGUCAAAGGGCCCAAAGUGGACAUCAAAGGACCCCAAUUUGGUGUUGAAGCGCCCAAAGGUGACAUCAAAGGGCCCGAAGUGGACAUCAAAGGGCCCCAAUUUGAUAUUGAAGCGCCCAAAGGUGACAUCAAAGGGCCCAAAGUGGACAUCAAAGGACCCCAAUUUGGUGUUGAAGUGCCCAAAGUGGACAUCAAAGGGCCCAAAGUGGACAUCGGAGGGCCCCAAUUUGGUGUUGAAGUGCCCAAAGUGGACAUCAAAGGGCCCCAAUUUGGUGUUGAAGCGCCCAAAGGUGACGUCAAAGGGCCCAAAGUGGACAUCAAAGGACCCCAAUUUGGUGUUGAAGUGCCCAAAGUGGACAUCAAAGGGCCCAAAGUGGACAUCGGAGGGCCCCAAUUUGGUGUUGAAGUGCCCAAAGGUGACAUCAAAGGGCCCAAAGUGGACAUCGGAGGGCCCAAAGUGGACAUCGGAGGGCCCCAAUUUGGUGUUGAAGUGCCCAAAGUGGACAUCAAAGGGCCCCAAUUUGGUGUUGAAGCGCCCAAAGGUGACGUCAAAGGGCCCAAAGUGGACAUCAAAGGACCCCAAUUUGGUGUUGAAGUGCCCAAAGUGGACAUUGGAGGGCCCCAAUUUGGUGUUGAAGUGCCCAAAGGUGACAUCAAAGGGCCCAAAGUGGACAUCGGAGGGCCCAAAGUGGACAUCGGAGGGCCCCAAUUUGGUGUUGAAGUGCCCAAAGUGGACAUCAGAGGGCCCCAAUUUGGUGUUGAAGUGCCCAAAGUGGACAUCAGAGGGCCCCAAUUUGGUGUUGAAGUGCCCAAAGGUGACAUCAAAGGGCCCAAAGUGGACAUCGGAGGGCCCCAAUUUGGUGUUGAAGUGCCCAAAGUGGACAUCAGAGGGCCCCAAUUUGAUGUUGAAGUGCCCAAAGUGGACAUCAGAGGGCCCCAAUUUGGUGUUGAAGUGCCCAAAGGUGACAUCAAAGGGCCCAAAGUGGACAUCGGAGGGCCCAAAGUGGACAUCGGAGGGCCCCAAUUUGGUGUUGAAGUGCCCAAAGUGGACAUCAGAGGGCCCCAAUUUGAUGUUGAAGCGCCCAAAGUGGACAUCAAAGGGCCCAAAGUGGACAUCGGAGGGCCCAAAGUGGACAUCAGAGGGCCCCAAUGUGAUGUUGAAGCUCCCGAUGUGGACGUGCAUGGCCCAGGCAGCAAGCUGAAGAUGCCCAAACUGAAAAUGCCCAAAUUUGGGGUUCCUGGCCUAAAAGGAGACGUUGAUGCAUCGCUUCCAAAAGGUGAAGUUGACGUCUCGGCCCCCAAAGUGAACGUUGUUGUUCCAGAAGGACAAAUGAAGGGCCCCGAAAUGCACGUCACGGUGCCCCACAUCUCCAUGCCUGACAUCGACCUCAACCUGAAGGGCCCCAAAGUGAAGGGGGAUGUGGGCAUUACGGCCCCAAAACUGGAAGGGGAGCUCAGAGCACCGGGAGUUGAUAUAAAAGCUCCAAAAGUUGACGUUGAAGCGCCCAAAGUUGACGUUAAAGGACCCAAAGUGGACAUUGGAGUGCCCAAAGUUGAGUUGAAAGGCCCCAAAGUUGAAGUUGAAGCUCCCGAUGUGGACAUCCAUGGUCCGGAUGGCAAGCUGAAGAUGCCCAAGUUGAAAAUGCCCAAAUUUGGGGUUCCUGGCCUAAAAGGAGAGCUCCCCGACGUCGAUGUCUCUCUUCCAAAGGGUGAAAUUGGUGUUUCUGCCCCCAAAGUGGACAUUGAAGUGCCCGAUGUUGACUUGAAAGCCCCCAAAGUUGAGUUGAAAGGCCCCAAAGUUGACAUAGAAGCUCCCGAUGUGGACAUCCAUGGUCCGGAUGGCAAGCUGAAGAUGCCCAAGCUGAAAAUGCCCAAAUUUGGGGUUCCUGGCCUAAAAGGAGAGCUCCCCGACGUCGAUGUGUCUCUUCCAAAGGGUGAAUUUGACGUUUCUGCCCCCAAAGUCGACAUUGAAGUGCCCGAUGUUGACUUGAAAGCCCCCAAAGUUGAGCUGAAAGCCCCCAAAGUUGACAUUGCAGUGCCCGAUGUUGACUUGAAAGGCCCCAAAGUUGACAUUGCAGUGCCCGACGUUGACUUGAAAGCCCCCAAAGUUGAGUUGAAAGGCCCCAAAGUUGACAUAGAAGCUCCUGAUGUGGAUGGCAAGCUGAAGAUGCCCAAGCUGAAAAUGCCCAAAUUUGGGGUUCCUGGCCUAAAAGGAGACCUCCCCGACGUCGACGUGUCGCUCCCGAAGGGUGAAGUUGACAUUUCUGCCCCCAAAGUCGACAUUCAUGCCCCCAAAGUUGACAUUGCAGGUCCACACGGACAGCUGAAGGGCCCUGAAAUGCACGUCAAGGUGCCCCACAUCUCCAUGCCCGAUAUCGACCUCAACCUGAAGGGCCCCAAAGUGAAGGGGGAUGUGGGCGUUUCGGCCCCAAAACUGGAAGGGGAGUUCAGAGCACCCGAAUUUGACAUCAAAGCUCCAGAAGUUGACAUCAAAGCCCCCAAAGUUGACAUAGAAGCUCCCGAUGUGGACAUCUGCGGUCCAGAGGGCAAGCUGAAGAUGCCCAAGCUGAAAAUGCCCAAAUUUGGGGUUCCUGGCCUAAAAGGAGACCUCCCCGACGUCGAUGUGUCUCUUCCAAAGGGUGAAAUUGACGUUUCUGCCCCCAAAGUGGACAUUGAAGUGCCCGAUGUUGAGUUGAAAGGCCCCAAAGUUGACAUAGAAGCUCCCGAUGUGGACAUCCAUGGUCCGGACAGCAAGCUGAAGAUGCCCAAGCUGAAAAUGCCCAAAUUUGGGGUUCCUGGCCUAAAAGGAGACCUCCCCGACGUCGAUGUGUCUCUUCCAAAGGGUGAAAUUGACGUUUCUGCCCCCAAAUUUGACAUUGAAGUGCCCGAUGUUGACUUGAAAGGCCCCAAAGUUGACAUUGCAGUGCCCGAUGUUGACUUGAAAGCCCUCAAAGUUGAGUUGAAAGGCCCCAAAGUUGACAUAGAAGCUCCCGAUGUGGACGGCAAGCUGAAGAUGCCCAAGCUGAAAAUGCCCAAAUUUGGGGUUCCUGGCCUAAAAGGAGAGCUCCCCGAUGUUGACGUGUCGCUCCCAAAGGGUGAAAUUGACGUUUCUGCCCCCAAAGUUGACCUCGAUCUGCCCGAUGUUGACUUGAAAGGCCCCAAAGUUGACAUUGCAGUGCCCGACGUUGACUUGAAAGCCCCCAAAGUUGAGUUGAAAGGCCCCAAAGUUGACAUAGAAGCUCCCGAUGUGGACAUCCAUGGUCCGGAUGGCAAGCUGAAGAUGCCCAAGCUGAAAAUGCCCAAAUUUGGGGUUCCUGGCCUAAAAGGAGAGCUCCCCGACGUCGAUGUGUCGCUCCCAAAGGGUGAAAUUGACGUUUCUGCCCCCAAAGUUGACAUUGAAGUGCCCGAUGUUGAGUUGAAAGGCCCCAAAGUUGACAUUGAAGUUCCCGAUAUAGACUUGAAAGGCCCCAAAGUUGACAUAGAAGCUCCCGAUGUGGACGGCAAGCUGAAGAUGCCCAAGCUGAAAAUGCCCAAAUUUGGGGUUCCUGGCCUAAAAGCAGAUCUCCCUGACGUCGACGUGUCUCUUCCGAAGGGUGAAAUUGACGUUUCUGCCCCCAAAUUUGACCUCGAUCUGCCCGACGUCGACAUCGAAGCGCCGGAGGUGAAAGCGAAGGGCCUCAAAUUCCGGAUGCCCGAACUGAACGUGCAGAGCCCCAAACUCUCCAUUCCCGACGUCGACAUCAGCCUGAAGGGCCCCAAAGUGAAGGGAGACGUCUCCGCCCCGAAGCUCUCCGGGGAACUGCGGGGACCCAAAGUGGAUGUGGAGGGUCCCGGGUUGGGGGUCGACGUUCCCGAGGUGGACUUGGAGUGUCCGGAAGGGAAAAUCAAAGGCCCCAAAUUUAAGAUGCCCAAACUGAACAUCAAAACGCCCAAACUGUCCAAACCGGAGGCGGAUCUGAACGUAAAGGGGCCGAAAAUUAAGGGAGAAUUGGACGUUUCUGCCCCCAAAAUCGAAGGGGAGCUGAAAGGACCCGGGCUCCACGUGAAGGGUCCCGCUGUGGAGGUCCCCGACGUCGACCUGGAGUGUCCCGAAGCCAAACUGAAAGGACCCAAAAUGAAACUGCCCCAUUUCAGCCUUUCGGGACCGAAGUUUGAGGGAGCCGAUAUCGACGUGGGCGUCCCCAAAGGAGAGGUGGAGGUUUCGGGGCCGGAAGUGGACGUGGAAGGGCCGGAAGUGGAUGUGGGGGGAGUGGAAGGGAAAUGGAAGGGCCCCAAAUUCCGGAUGCCGAAAUUGAACAUCAAAACGUCGAAGAUCUCCGUGCCCGACGUCGACCUGAACCUGAAGGGCCCCAAAGUGAAGGGGGACGUGGAUGUGUCCGUGCCCAAAUUGGAAGGGGAGCUGAAGGGCCCCGAAAUUGAUGUCAAAGGCCCCAAAGUCGAUGUGGACCUUCCCGAUGUGGAGCUGGAAGGACCUGAAGGGAAAGUGAAGGGCCCCAAGUUCAAGAUGCCCGAAAUGCACUUCAGGGGUCCCAAAAUCUCCAUGCCCGACGUGGACUUCAACCUGAAGGGCCCCAAAGUGAAGGGAGACGUGGAUGUGUCCGUGCCCAAAGUAGAAGGGGAGCUGAAGGGCCCCGAAGUGGACAUCAAAGGCCCCAAAGUGGAUGUGGACCUUCCCGACGUGGACGUUCACGGCCCAGAGGGCAAAUUGAAGAGACCCAAGUUCAAGAUGCCCAAAUUCUCCAUGCCGGGCUUCAGGGCAGAGGGCCCCGAGGUGGACGUGGAGCUGCCAAAAGGGGACGUGGACGUUUCCGUCCCCAAAGUGGACAUUGAAGGACCUGAGGUGGAAUUGGGAUUGCCAGAGGGGAAGGUGAAGGGCCCCAAGUUCAAGAUGCCGGACAUCAAGACGACCAAGAUCUCCAUGCCCGACGUGGACUUCAACCUGAAGGGCCCCAAAGUGAAAGGUGGGAUGGAUGUGUCCGUGCCCAAAGUAGAAGGGGAUAUAAAAGGCCCUGAGAUGGAGAUCAAAGGCCCCAAAGUGGAUGUGGACCUUCCCGACGUGGACGUUCACGGCCCAGAGGGCAAAUUCAAGCUGCCCAAGUUCAAGAUGCCCAAAUUCUCCAUGCCGGGCUUCAGGGCAGAGGGCCCCGAGGUGGACGUGGAGCUGCCAAAAGGGGACGUGGACAUUUCCGUCCCCAAAGUGGACAUCGACGUUCCCGAGGUGGAAUUGGAGUGUCCCGAGGGGAAAGUGAAAGGCCCCAAAUUCAAGAUGCCCGAAAUGCACAUCAAGACACCGAAGAUCUCCAUGCCCGACAUCGACCUGAACCUGAAGGGCCCCAAAGUGAAGGGGGACGUGGAUGUGUCGGUCCCAAAGAUUGAGGGCGACCUGAAGGGCCCUGACAUUGAUAUCAAAGGCCCCAAAGUGGAUGUGGACCUUCCUGAUGUGGACAUUGAGGGCCCCGAAGGAAAGCUGAAAGGCCCCAAAUUCAAGAUGCCCGAAAUGCACCUAAAGGGCCCCAAAUUCUCCAUGCCUGACGUUGACUUCAACCUGAAGGGCCCCAAAGUGAAGGGAGACGUGGAUGUGUCCGUGCCAAAGUUGGAAGGGGACCUGAAAGGCCCUGAGGUGGACAUCAAAGGUCCCAAAGUGGAUGUGGACCUUCCUGACGUUGAUUUAGAGUGUCCCGAAGGGAAGGUGAAGGGCCCCAAAUUUAAGAUGCCCGAAAUGCACUUCAAGACACCGAAGAUCUCCAUGCCCGACAUCGACCUGAACCUGAAGGGCCCCAAAGUGAAAGGAGACGUGGAUGUGUCGGUCCCAAAGAUUGAGGGCGACCUGAAGGGCCCCAAAGUGGAUGUGGACCUUCCUGAUGUGGACAUUGAGGGCCCCGAAGGAAAGCUGAAGGGCCCCAAAUUCAGGAUGCCCGAAAUGCACCUGAAGGGCCCCAAAGUCUCCAUGCCUGACGUUGACUUCAACCUGAAGGGCCCGAAAGUGAAGGGAGACGUGGAUGUGUCCGUGCCCAAAUUGGAAGGAGACCUGAAGGGCCCCGAGGUGGACAUCAAAGGCCCCAAAGUGGACGUGGACCUUCCUGACGUUGAUUUAGAGUGUCCCGAAGCGAAGCUGAAGGGCCCGAAAUUCAAGAUGCCAGAGAUGCACUUCAAGGCCCCAAAGAUCUCCAUGCCCGACAUCGACCUGAACCUGAAGGGCCCCAAAGUGAAGGGGGACGUGGAUGUGUCCAUGCCAAAGAUUGAGGGUGACCUGAAGGGCCCCGAGGUGGACAUCAAAGGUCCCAAAGUGGAUGUGAACCUUCCCGAUGUGGAGUUGGAAGGUCCAGAGGGGAAAGUGAAGGGCCCCAAGUUCAAGAUGCCCGAAAUGCACCUAAAGGGCCCCAAAUUCUCCAUGCCCGAUGUCGACUUCAACCUGAAGGGCCCCAAAGUGAAGGGGGACGUGGAUGUGUCCGUACCCACGUUGGAAGGGGACUUGAAAGGCCCCGAGGUGGAUAUCAAAGGCCCCAAAGUGGAUGUGGACCUUCCCGAUGUGGACAUUGAGGGUCCGGAAGGCAAACUGAAAGGCCCCAAGUUCAAGAUGCCCGAAAUGCACUUCAAAGGCCCCAAAAUCUCCAUGCCUGACUUUGAUCUGAGCCUGAAGGGCCCCAAAGUGAAGGGAGACAUGGAUGUGUCCGUGCCCAAAGUAGAAGGGGAUAUAAAAGGCCCCGAGGUGGACAUCAAAGGCCCCAAAGUGGACAUUGACGUUCCCGACGUGGACGUUCACGGCCCGGAGGGCAAAUUCAAGCUGCCCAAGUUCAAGAUGCCCAAAUUCUCCAUGCCGGGCUUCAGGGCAGAGGGCCCCGAGGUGGACGUGGAGCUGCCCAAAGGGGACGUGGAUGUUUCCGUCCCCAAAGUGGACAUCGACGUUCCCGAUGUGGACAUUGAGGGCCCCGAGGGGAAACUGAAAGGCCCCAAGUUCAAGAUGCCCGAAAUGCACAUCAAGACACCAAAGAUCUCCAUGCCCGACAUCGACCUGAACCUGAAGGGCCCCAAAGUGAAGGGGGACGUGGAUGUGUCGGUCCCAAAGAUUGAGGGCGACCUGAAGGGCCCCGAUGUGGACAUCAAAGGCCCCAAAGUGGACCUUCCUGACGUGGAGCUGCAUGGUCCCGAAGGAAAGGUGAAGGGCCCCAAGUUCAAGAUGCCUGAAAUGCACCUGAAGGGCCCCAAAUUCUCCAUGCCCGAUGUGGACCUCCACCUGAAGGGCCACAAAGUGAAGGGAGAAAUGGACGUCACUGUACCCAAAAUAGAGGGCGACCUGAAAGGGGCUGAUCUGGAACUGAAAGGUCCCAAAGUGGACAUCGACGUUCCCGAUGUGGAAUUGGAGUGUCCCGAGGGGAAGGUGAAGGGCCCCAAAUUCAAGAUGCCCGAAAUGCACUUCAAGGCCCCGAAAAUCUCCAUGCCCGACUUCGAUCUGAGCCUGAAGGGCCCCAAAGUGAAAGGAGAUGUGGAUGUGUCCGUACCCAAAGUAGAAGGGGACAUAAAAGGCCCCGAGGUGGACAUCAAAGGCCCCAAAGUGGACGUUGAGGUUCCUGAUGUUGAGCUGGAAGUUCCAGAGGGGAAACUGAAAGGCCCCAAAUUUAAGAUGCCUGAAAUGCACUUCAAGACACCGAAGAUCUCCAUGCCCGACAUCGACCUGAACCUGAAGGGCCCCAAAGUGAAGGGGGACGUGGAUGUGUCAGUCCCAAAGAUUGAGGGUGACCUGAAGGGCCCCAAAGUGGACGUGGACCUUCCCGAUGUGGACAUUGAGGGCCCCGAAGGGAAAGUGAAGGGCCCCAAGUUCAAGAUGCCCGAAAUGCACAUCAAGGCCCCAAAGAUCUCCAUGCCCGACGUGGACUUCAACCUGAAGGGCCCCAAAGUGAAGGGAGACGUGGAUGUGUCGGUCCCAAAGAUUGAGGGCGACCUGAAGGGCCCCGAGGUGGACAUCAAAGGUCCCAAAGUGGAUGUGGACCUUCCUGACGUUGAUUUGCAGUGUCCUGAAGGGAAAGUGAAGGGCCCCAAAUUCAAAAUGCCCGAAAUGCACUUCAAAGCCCCCAAAAUCUCCAUGCCUGACUUUGAUCUGAGCCUGAAGGGCCCCAAAGUGAAAGGAGACGUGGAUGUGUCGGUCCCAAAAAUUGAGGGUGAUCUGAAGGGCCCCGACAUUGAUAUCAAAGGCCCCAAAGUGGAUGUGGACCUUCCCGAUGUGGACAUUGAGGGUCCCGAAGGGAAGGUGAAGGGCCCCAAGUUCAAGAUGCCCGAAAUGCACAUCAAGGCCCCAAAAUUCUCCAUGCCCAAUGUGGAUCUUCACCUGAAGGGCCCGAAAGUGAAGGGAGACGUGGAUGUGUCCGUGCCCACGUUGGAAGGUGACCUAAAGGGCCCUGAGGUGGACAUCAAAGGCCCCAAAAUGGAUGUGGACCUUCCCGACGUGGACAUUGAGGGCCCCGAAGGGAAAGUGAAGGGCCCCAAAUUUAAGAUGCCCGAAAUGCACAUCAAGACACCGAAGAUCUCCAUGCCCGACAUCGACCUGAACCUGAAGGGCCCCAAAGUGAAGGGGGACGUGGAUGUGUCGGUCCCAAAGAUUGAGGGCGACCUGAAGGGCCCCAAAGUGGACAUUGAAGCACCUGAUGUGGACAUUGAGCUGCCAGAGGGGAAAGUGAAGGGCCCCAAGUUCAAGAUGCCUGAAAUGCACUUCAAGGCACCGAAGAUCUCCAUGCCCGACUUCGAUCUGAGCCUGAAGGGCCCCAAAGUGAAGGGAGACGUGGAUGUGUCCGUGCCCAAAGUAGAAGGGGAUAUAAAAGGCCCUGAGGUGGACAUCAAAGGCCCCAAAGUGGACAUCGACGUUCCCGAUGUGGACAUUGAGGGCCCCGAAGGGAAAGUGAAGGGCCCCAAAUUUAAGAUGCCCGAAAUGCACUUCAAAGCCCCCAAAAUUUCCAUGCCUGACUUCGAUCUGAGCCUGAAGGGCCCCAAAGUGAAGGGAGACGUGGAUGUGUCCGUGCCAAAGAUUGAGGGUGAUCUGAAAGGCCCUGAUGUUGAUAUCAAAGGCCCCAAAGUGGAUGUGGACCUUCCCGAUGUGGACAUUGAAGGACCUGAGGGGAAACUGAAAGGCCCGAAGUUCAAGAUGCCCGAAAUGCACAUCAAGGCCCCCAAAAUCUCCAUGCCUGACAUUGACUUCAACCUGAAGGGCCCCAAAGUGAAGGGGGACGUGGAUGUGUCCGUGCCAAAGAUUGAGGGCGACCUGAAGGGCCCCAAAGUGGACAUCAAAGGCCCCAAAGUGGAUGUGGACCUUCCUGAUGUGGACAUUGAAGGACCUGAGGGGAAACUGAAAGGCCCCAAGUUCAAGAUGCCCGAAAUGCACAUCAAGACGCCAAAGAUCUCCAUGCCCGACAUCGACCUGAACCUGAAGGGCCCCAAAUUGAAGGGAGACGUGGAUGUGUCCGUGCCUCACUUGGAAGGGGACCUGAAGGGCCCCGACGUUGAUAUCAAAGGCCCCAAAGUGGACGUGGACCUUCCCGAUGUGGAGUUGGAAGGUCCCGAAGGGAAACUGAAAGGCCCCAAAUUCAAGAUGCCCGAAAUGCACUUAAAAGGCCCCAAAUUCUCCAUGCCUGACGUGGACUUCAACCUGAAGGGCCCCAAAGUGAAGGGAGACGUGGAUGUGUCCGUACCCAAAGUAGAAGGGGAGCUGAAGGGCCCCGAGGUGGACAUCAAAGGCCCCAAAGUGGAUGUGGACAUUCCUGACGUUGAAUUGGAAGGUCCUGAGGGGAAACUGAAAGGCCCCAAAUUCAAAAUGCCCGAAAUGCACCUAAAAGGCCCCAAAUUCUCCAUGCCCGACGUUGACUUCAACCUGAAGGGCCCCAAAGUGAAGGGAGACGUGGAUGUGUCCGUGCCGAAGAUUGAGGGCGACCUGAAGGGCUCCGAGGUGGACAUCAAAGGUCCCAAAGUGGAUGUGGACCUUCCUGAUGUGGACGUUCCCACUCCUGAAGGGAAAGUCAAGCUGCCCAAGUUCAAGAUGCCCAAAUUCGGGGUCCCCGGCUUCAAGGCUGAGGGCCCCGAGGUGGACGUUGGUCUCCCCGAAGCCGAUGUCACCGUGUCGGCCCCGAAGGUCGACGUCUCUCUUCCUGAUGUGGACAUCGAAGGGCCGGAGGGAAAACUGAAGGGCCCCAAAUUGAAGAAACCCGAAUUCGGCGUCCCCAAAAUCUCCAUGCCCGACAUCGACCUCAAUUUGAAGGGCCCCAAAGUGAAGGGGGACGUCGAUCUGUCUGCCCCCAAAGUUGAGGCGGAGCUGAAAGGUCCUAAAGUGGACCUGAAAGGGCCAGAGUUUGAGGCCGAGGUGCCCAAGAUCGAUCUGGAAGCCAAGGGCAAAAAAUCCAGGUUCAAAUUGCCCAAAUUCGGUUUUUCCGGCCCUAAAGUGCAAAGCCCGGACGUGGAUGUAAAGCUGAAGAAACCCGACGUGGAGAUGUCCGGUCCCAAAGUGGACGUUCAGGGGCCGGAGGUGGAGGUCCAAGCGAAAGCAAAAGGCUCCAAAUUCAAAAUGCCCUUCCUGAGCAUUUCCUCCCCCAAAGUUUCGAUGCCGGACGUGGAGCUGAACCUGAAAGGGCACAAAGUGAAGGGAGAGUUCGACCUCAGCGGCCCCAAAUUGGAGGGGGACGUGAAAGGGCCCGAAGUGGACAUCGCAGCUCCCAAAGUCAGCGUUGAGGCGCCCGAUGUGGACGUUUCGGGGCCGGAAGGGAAACUGAAAAUGCCCAAAUUCAAAAUGCCCAAAUUCGGGGUGAAGGGCGAAGGGCCGGAGGUGGACGUCGGCCUUCCCAAAGGGGAAUUGGACAUCGAAUGUCCUCAGGUGGAUAUUGAAGGGCCGGAGGGGAAGGGGAAGGGGCUCCACUUCAAGAUGCCCGAAAUGCACCUGAAGGGCCCCAAAGUCUCCAUGCCCGACAUUGACUUCAACCUGAAGGGCCCCAAAGUGAAGGGAGACGUGGAUGUGUCCGUGCCAAAGAUUGAGGGUGACCUGAAGGGCCCCGAGGUGGACAUCAAAGGCCCCAAAGUGGAUGUGGACAUUCCUGAUGUGGAUCUGGAAGGUCCCGAAGGGAAAAUCAAAGGCCCCAAAUUCAAGAUGCCCGAAAUGCACAUCAAGGCCCCAAAGAUCUCCAUGCCUGACGUGGACUUCAACCUGAAGGGGCCAAAGCUGAAGGGGGACGUGGAUGUGUCCAUGCCAAAGUUGGAAGGGGACCUGAAGGGCCCCGAGGUGGACAUCAAAGGCCCCAAAAUUGAUGUGGACCUUCCUGACGUUGACUUGGAAGGUGCUGAGGGGAAACUGAAAGGCCCCAAGUUCAAGAUGCCCGAAAUGCACUUAAAAGGCCCCAAAUUCUCCAUGCCCGACGUUGACUUCAACCUGAAGGGCCCCAAAGUGAAGGGAGACGUGGAUGUGUCCGUGCCGAAGAUUGAGGGCGACCUGAAGGGCCCCGAGGUGGACAUCAAAGGCCCCAAAGUGGACAUUGACGUUCCCGACGUGGAUGUUCACGGCCCAGAGGGCAAAUUCAAGCUGCCCAAGUUCAAGAUGCCCAAAUUCUCCAUGCCGGGCUUCAGGGCAGAGGGCCCCGAGGUGGACGUGGAGCUGCCAAAAGGGGACGUGGACGUUUCCGUCCCCAAAGUGGACAUCGACGUUCCCGAUGUGGACAUUGAGGGACCCGAAGGGAAAGUGAAGGGCCCGAAGUUCAAGAUGCCUGAAAUGCACAUCAAGACACCAAAGAUCUCCAUGCCCGACAUCGACCUGAACCUGAAGGGCCCCAAAGUGAAGGGGGACGUGGAUGUGUCGGUCCCAAAGAUUGAGGGCGACCUGAAGGGCCCCGACAUUGAUAUCAAAGGGCCUAAACUGGAUGUGGACCUUCCUGAUGUGGACGUUGAGGGACCGGAAGGGAAAGUGAAAGGCCCCAAAUUCAAGAUGCCCGAAAUGCACAUCAAGGCCCCAAAGAUCUCCAUGCCCGAUGUGGACUUCAACCUGAAGGGGCCAAAGCUGAAGGGGGACGUGGAUGUGUCCAUGCCAAAGCUGGAAGGGGACCUGAAGGGCCCCGAGGUGGACAUCAAAGGCCCCAAAGUGGACAUCGACGUUCCCGAUGUGGACAUUGAGGGACCGGAAGGGAAAAUGAAGGGCCCCAAAUUCAAAAUGCCCGAAAUGCACUUCAAGGCCCCCAAAAUCUCCAUGCCUGACUUCGAUCUGAGCCUGAAGGGCCCCAAAGUGAAAGGAGACGUGGAUGUGUCCGUGCCAAAGAUUGAGGGUGAGCUGAAGGGCCCUGAAAUUGAUAUCAAAGGCCCCAAAGUGGACAUCGACGUUCGUGAUGUGGACAUUGAGGGACCCGAAGGCAAAUUGAAGGGCCCCAAAUUUAAGAUGCCCGAAAUGCACUUCAAGGCCCCCAAAAUCUCCAUGCCUGACUUCGACCUGAACCUGAAAGGCCCCAAAGUGAAGGGAGACGUGGAUGUGUCGGUCCCAAAGAUUGAGGGUGACCUGAAGGGCCCCGAGGUGGACAUCAAAGGCCCCAAAGUCGAUGUGGACAUUCCUGAUGUGGACAUUGAGGGCCCCGAAGGAAAGCUGAAGGGCCCCAAAUUUAAGAUGCCCGAAAUGCACAUCAAGACACCGAAGAUCUCCAUGCCCGACAUCGACCUGAACCUGAAAGGCCCCAAAGUGAAGGGGGACGUGGAUGUGUCCGUGCCAAAGAUUGAGGGCGACCUGAAAGGUGUUGGCCUGGAAUUGAAAGGCCCCAAAGUGGACGUGGACGUUCCCGACGUGGAUAUCGAAGGACCCGAAGGAAAAUGGAAGGGCCCCAAAGUGAAGAUGCCGGAGAUGCAUUUUAAGGCUCCGAAAAUUUCCAUGCCCGACUUCGAUCUGAACCUGAAAGGCCCAAAAGUGAAAGGAGAUGUGGAUGUGUCCGUGCCGUGUGUGGAAGGUGGACUGAAAGGAGCGAAUGUGGAACUGAAAGGACCGGAGAUGGACGUGGGGGCUCCGGGGGUGAGCGUGGAGUGUCCCGAGGGGAAAGUGAAGGGCCCCAAAUUCAAAAUGCCCGAAAUGCACUUCAAGGCCCCAAAAAUCUCCAUGCCCGACUUCGAUCUGAGCCUGAAGGGCCCCAAAGUGAAGGGAGACGUGGAUGUGUCCGUGCCCAAAGUAGAAGGGGACAUAAAAGGCCCCGACAUUGACAUUAAAGGACCCAAAGUGGAUGUGGACCUUCCCGACGUGGAGCUGGAAGGACCUGAAGGGAAAGUGAAGGGCCCCAAAUUCAAAAUGCCCGAAAUGCACUUCAAGACACCGAAGAUCUCCAUGCCCGACAUCGACCUGAACCUGAAGGGCCCCAAAGUGAAGGGGGACGUGGAUGUGUCCGUGCCAAAGAUUGAGGGUGAUCUGAAGGGCCCCGAGGUGGACAUCAAAGGCCCCAAAGUGGACGUGGACCUUCCCGAUGUGGACAUUGAGGGCCCCGAGGGGAAAGUGAAGGGCCCCAAAUUUAAGAUGCCCGAAAUGCACUUCAAAGCCCCCAAAAUCUCCAUGCCUGACUUCGAUCUGAGCCUGAAGGGCCCCAAAGUGAAGGGGGACGUGGAUGUGUCCGUGCCAAAGAUUGAGGGUGAGCUGAAGGGCCCCAAAGUGGACAUAGAAGCGCCUGAUGUGGACAUUGAGCUGCCAGAAGGAAAGCUGAAGGGCCCCAAAUUCAAGAUGCCCGAAAUGCACAUCAAAGCACCAAAGAUCUCCGUGCCCGACAUCGACUUCAACCUGAAGGGCCCCAAAGUGAAGGGGGACGUGGAUGUGUCCGUACCCACGUUGGAAGGGGACUUGAAAGGCCCCGAGGUGGAUAUCAAAGGCCCCAAAGUGGAUAUGGACCUUCCCGAUGUGGACAUUGAGGGUCCGGAAGGCAAACUGAAAGGCCCCAAAUUCAAAAUGCCCGAAAUGCACUUCAAAGGCCCCAAAAUCUCCAUGCCUGACUUUGAUCUGAGCCUGAAGGGCCCCAAAGUGAAGGGAGACGUGGAUGUGUCCGUGCCCAAAGUAGAAGGGGAGCUGAAGGGCCCCGAGGUGGACAUCAAAGGCCCCAAAGUGGACAUUGACGUUCCCGACGUGGACGUUCACGGCCCAGAGGGCAAAUUCAAGCUGCCCAAGUUCAAGAUGCCCAAAUUCUCCAUGCCGGGCUUCAGGGCAGAGGGCCCCGAGGUGGACGUGGAGCUGCCAAAAGGGGACGUGGACGUUUCCGUCCCCAAAGUGGACAUUGGAGGACCUGAGGUGGACAUUGAGGGCCCCGAGGGGAAACUGAAAGGCCCCAAAUUCAAGAUGCCCGAAAUGCACAUCAAGACACCAAAGAUCUCCAUGCCCGACAUCGACCUGAACCUGAAGGGCCCCAAAGUGAAGGGGGACGUGGAUGUGUCCGUGCCAAAGUUGGAAGGGGACUUGAAAGGCCCUGAGAUGGAGAUCAAAGGCCCCAAAGUGGAUGUGGACCUUCCCGAUGUGGACAUUGAGGGCCCCGAAGGAAAGCUGAAGGGCCCCAAAUUCAAGAUGCCCGAAAUGCACAUCAAGGCCCCAAAGAUCUCCAUGCCGGACUUCGAUCUGAGCCUGAAGGGCCCCAAAGUGAAGGGGGAUGUGGAUGUGUCCAUGCCAAAGCUGGAAGGGGACCUGAAGGGCCCCGAGGUGGACAUCAAAGGCCCCAAAGUGGAUGUGGACCUUCCCGAUGUGGAACUGCAUGGUUCAGACGGGAAGGUGAAGGGCCCCAAGUUUAAGAUGCCCGAAAUGCACAUCAAGGCCCCAAAGAUCUCCAUGCCCGACGUGGACUUCAACCUGAAGGGCCCCAAAGUGAAGGGAGAUGUGGAUGUGUCCAUACCCAAAGUAGAAGGGGAGCUGAAGGGCCCCGAGGUGGACAUCAAAGGCCCCAAAGUGGACAUUGACGUUCCCGACGUGGACGUUCACGGCCCAGAGGGCAAAUUCAAGCUGCCCAAGUUCAAGAUGCCCAAAUUCUCCAUGCCGGGCUUCAAAGGGGAUGGGGUGGACGUGGAUGUGAACCUCCCAAAGGGCGAUGUGGACAUCAGUGGUCCCAGGGUGGAGGUGGAGGCUCCUGACCUCAGUGUGGACGGGAAGCUGAAAGGUCCCAAAUUCUCCAUGCCCGAAAUGCACAUCAAGGCCCCCAAAAUCUCCAUGCCCGACAUCGACCUGAACCUUAAAGGCCCCAAAGUGAAGGGAGACGUGGAUGUGUCCGUGCCCAAAGUAGAAGGGGACAUAAAAGGCCCCGACAUUGACAUUAAAGGACCCAAAGUGGAUGUGGACCUUCCCGACGUGGAGCUGGAAGGACCUGAGGGGAAAGUGAAGGGCCCCAAAUUUAAGAUGCCCGAAAUGCACAUCAAGGCCCCCAAAAUCUCCAUGCCCGACUUCGAUCUGAGCCUGAAGGGCCCCAAAGUGAAGGGGGACGUGGAUGUGUCGGUCCCAAAGAUUGAGGGCGACCUGAAGGGCCCCAAAGUGGAUGUGGACCUUCCCGAUGUGGACAUUGAGGGCCCCGAAGGAAAGCUGAAGGGCCCCAAAUUUAAGAUGCCGGAGAUGCAUUUCAAGGCCCCAAAGAUCUCCAUGCCUGACGUCGACUUCAACCUGAAGGGCCCCAAAGUGAAGGGGGACGUGGAUGUGACCCUUCCCAAGUUGGAAGGGGAUUUCCAAUGUCCGGACGUUGACCUCAAAGGCCCCAAAUUGGACCUUCACGCGCCCGAUGUGAAGGUCCCCGAAAUGCACUUGAAGAUGCCCCACGUCUCCGUCCCUGACGUCGACCUCAACCUGAAGGGCCCAAAGGUGGAAGGGGGGCUGAAGGGCCCCGGUGUGGAUCUUAAGGGCCCCGGUGUGGAUCUGAAGGGUCCCAGCGUGGACCUGAAGGGCCCCAAAGUCGAUAUCGAGUGUCCGGGGGUCGACAUCGAUGGUCCAGAGGGCAAACUGAAGCUACCAAAAAUGAAGCUGCCGAAAUUCGGGCUGAAAGGAGAUGCCCCCGAGGUGGACGUGGAGCUGCCCAAGGGAGGGGUGGAGCUUUCGGGCCCCAAAGCGGACAUCGCCGUCCCCGAUGUGAGCCUCGAAGGUCCGGAAGCAAAACUGAAAGGUCCUAAAGUGAAGGUGCCCGAAAUGCACGCGAGCGUGCCCAAAAUCUCCAUGCCCGACAUCGACCUGAGUCUGAAAGGGCACAGAGCCAAGGGAGGAUUCGACCUCGCGGCCCCGAAGCUCGAAGGGGGCCUGAAGGGACCCGACGUCACCGUCAAAGGGCCCGAAUUCGGGCUGAAAAGCCCCGAAAUAGACGUUGAGUGCCCCGAGCUGAGCGUCGAAGGGCCGGAGGGGAACGUCAAAGCUCCCAAAUUCAAGAAACCGAAAUUUGGGUUCGGGAUGAAGAGUCCGAAGGGCGACGCGAAGGCCCCGGAGGUGGAAUUCCCGGAGGUGGAGCUGAGCGCGGAAUUACCCGACCUGAGCGUGGCGGCCAAAGGCAAGAAGAGCAAAUUCAAGAUGCCCAAACUCCACAUGAGCGGCCCCAAAGUGAAAGGGAAGAAGGGCGCCUUCGACGUGAGCGUGGCGGGGGCGGAGGGGGACGUGGGCCUGAAAUCCCCUGACGUGGAGGUGAGCGCGGCCGGCCCCGACGUGGCCGUGAAGUCCCCCAAAGGGAAGAAGGCGAUGUUCGGGAAGAUCUCCUUCCCCGACGUGGAGUUCGAUCUGAAGUCGCACCGCUCCCGGGGGGACGCGGCGGUGGUGCUCCCCAAAACGGAAGGGGAGCUGAAAGGGUUGGAGGUGAAGGGGCCGAGCGCCGACGUGGAGGUGGGAGCGGCGGAUUGGAGCGCGAAGAAAGCGAAAGCGGCCGUCCCGGGGCUGAAGGUGGAGGGGGAUCUGAAGGGUCCCAGCGUUGACGUCGCCGUCCCCUCCGUCGCGGCGCCGGAGUUUGAGCUGAAAGGACCAAAAGGCAAAGUGGCAGCGGGCGUUCCCGAAGGAAAGCUGAAGGUGGGGGACGUGGGGCUGAAAGGAGCCGAAUUCGACGGGAGGCUGCAAGGACCAAAGCUGAAGGGCGACGCGGAGCUCGGAGGGCUCGGAGGGCGGCCGCGCGCGGAGGGUCCCGAGCUGAGCAUCGGCGGCUCCGUCCCAUCCCUGGGCUGCCCGGGGGUUCACCUCCGGCCGCCCGGCGCUGAGCUGCGCGGCCCUUCGGUGGCCGUUUCGGCCCCGGAUCUGAACGUGAAGGCGGAGCUCGGCGGCUCCGUCGGAUCCCCGGUGGCGUCGCUGGACGCGGCCGAGGUCGGCGUGGAGGGCUUGGGAGGAACCAUCAAACUGCCCUCCCUCCGACUGCCCCAAUUCGGCCUCUCCGCUCCCGGCGUCAACGGGGCCGACGUGGACGGAGGCGGCGGCGCCUCGGCUGAAAUGGCCGCGUCCAAAGCGAGCGUCCGAGGGCGCGCGGCGUCGGGAGACGGCGGCCCCAAAGAUGGCGGCGCGGAGCCGAGCGCGGGCAGAGUGUCCUUCCCCAAACUGCGCGUGCCCAAAUUCCACUUCUCCGAGCCGGAGGCGAAGGGCAGGGAGGUGGCGGUGGACGUGGAGUUCCCCGGGACGGAGCCCGAAGCGGAGGACGCCAAAGGGAAGAAAUCCAAGCUGAAGAUGCCCAAAUUCGCCUUCUCCAAAGGGAAGGCCAAAGGGGGGGCGGCCCCCGGUUCCCCCGAGCCGCCCGGCUCCCCCGGGGGCUCCCGGGGCGACCUGAAGAGCUCCAAAGGCAGCCUGGGCUCGGCCGAGGGCGAGCUGGACGAGGGGACGUCGUCCAGAGGGGUGUUCUCCAUCUUCAAGAGCCGGAAGACGCGGCACCGCUCGUCGUCCUUCAGCGCGGAGCCGCCGGAGCCGGAGGGAGCGCAGGGGAAGGCCAAGUUUGGGACGUUCGGCGGCGUGGGCUCCCGGAGCAAAGGCUGCUAUGAGGUGUCGGAGCCGGGGGGCGAGGAGCAGCCCUCGGCCCCACAGCCCUCCUCGACCCCCGGCUCCGACGCCGCCCGUGGGGCGCUGCGUUUGCCUUCGCUGGAGCUGACGGUGGCCGAGCGGCGCGAGCGGGAGGGCGGCUGCACAUAGGGCCGGGCCGGCACCAGCGCUCCGCCUCCUCCUUCUCCCUCUUCUUCCUUCUUCUCCUUUCUCUUCUUCUUCUGUGUUUUGGGUGGCUUUGGGUUCUUUUCCCCGUUUCGGGUGGGUUUUGUCCCCUCCCCUCCCCUCCUAUCCCCUCCCCUCCC